UUUCAGUCUCAUUCUCUUUAUAUCUCUCUCGUUCUUUCUUUCUAAAACCCUCGAAUGCCCCAAGACCCUACGAGUGCAGCCACUGCUGCUGCGGCAACGGCUGCCGCUGCUGCUGCAAUGGACGCGCUGACACACGUCGACGCAGACAAGGUUGGCAGCGCCGCCAAGGACGCCGCGUCGGCCUACGCGUGGCCCGCUGCGAACUGGCUGCGGUCUGUCUUUGAAGCCGGGCAGACCAAGGAGCACCAUCUCGGCGGCAAGAGCGCCAACCCGGGUGCUGUGGGCGAUGUCGCUGCUGCCGUCGCCGAGGCAGUCAACACGGUCUCGUCGUCGCUGGGCUUUGGCGCCAUCGUCCUGCCUGCGGGUGCUGCUGCUGCCGCGUCUGCUGGCAUUGUGAUGCGACACUUGCCGCUGCACUACUCGCCGGCCGCCGCGCUGGUCGGAUCUGCCGUCCUCACCGGCGUCUAUGUCGGAAGUCUCUACAUUUGGCCGCUCCUUGCCAAGCUCGGUGUUGCUUCGCUGUCUCCGGCAGACCCCCGCGCAAUCGACCGCGACGAUCCCAAGGUCGUCCCAACGCGAUUUGCGAGCGCCACCCUCGCGUGCGUCGCCUCUGUUGGUAUUGUCAAGCUCUUGGCGACUCCGCGAUUUGCAGGCUUCCCUGUGCCCUCUGGUUUCUUCUCUCGCCUGCUCGGCUUCCACACCGACCGCCUGAUCCUGGGAGCUAUCGCCCCGCUCGCGCUCACUGCUACUCUCUUUGCUGGCCCACUGGUUGGAAUGUACUAUUCACGCGACUUCCCGUGGCAGCACGAAGGCUUUGAGCUCCGGCCAUUUGUCGAAGCGACUGUCAAGGACCUGCUUUGGUGGCGUAACAUUGUGGUUGGACCUGUGACUGAAGAAAUUACCUUCCGUGCCUGCAUGCUGCCUAUGCUCGCAUCCGCAUUCGGUGGACGUGGUGCUCUGCUUGUUGCCCCUGUCAUGUUUGGUUCUGCUCACCUCCACAGCAUCAUCCAGCAUCUGCGCAAGACUGACCAGGAGAUCAAGGCCGCCUGGAGCGGAAUCUUGCUGCAGCUGGCUUAUACCACCGUCUUUGGCGUGUACGCAUCUGCUCUCUUCCUUCGCACUGGUCACAUUAUCGCUCCCAUUCUUUCGCACAGUCUCUGCAACUACAUUGGCUUCCCCGAUGUCGAAGGCGUCGCCAACCAUCCCCGCAAACACGUCAUCGCUGCUGCAUACGUGUUUGGUCUCCUCGGAUUUGGCUUGUUGCUGCUGCCUGUCACGUCGCCGCACUACUACCACAGCAUCUUUUACGGUUUCCGAUAGUUCAACAACUCCGUGCUCGUUCUGUUCCCAACGUGUGCUGUGUGAAUUAUGAAGUGUGUUUUUGUUCUAGUUGGAAGAGCAAGCAUAUCUUCAGAAUGAAAACAAUCAAACAAAAACCUCACCAGACAUAAACAAAGCGG